AUGCUGAUCACGCUGUGCUACCUGUACCUGUGGGCGCGCCGGGGGCCGCGCGCGGCCGCGCUCGUCCGCGGCACCGUGCGGAGCCUGCACCGCUCCCGCUGCUCCUUCACCUUCUGCGCCCGGCAGCCGCACCCCGAGGAGCGCGUCUGCCUCAGGGUCGGCGGGAAGGUGUUCUUCACCGGCGAGGCGCAGUUCCUGGAUGACUUAAACAGGUGGAGUUUCCUCCUGAUUUCUCCCUUUAUUUAUCCUGAGAAGUUACUUAAUGCAGAACAUAUAGCUUUUGUGACAGAAAGCAUUUCUGCUCAGGCAGAGGACUUGCAGGGAGCACCUGACUCUUCAAAAGAGGUCGUGAAGUGGUCAGACUAUUGUUCACCAUUGGCCUAUAAACCUGGUGAACCUUUUAAGUUAAUUGCUGAAGCAAGUGUAGAUAAUUUCAGUAGCCUUGGAAUAGCGUUCUUGGAAGACAGGCUUCAAAUGGAUAAUGGAAUGGUGCCACACAAGAUUGUUUCUGUCCAUUUACAGGAAUCUGCUCUGAAGGAGUUGGCACAGGAGGCACCACCCGUGAAAGAGCAAAGCACACAAAUGGAUGAAGUAACUCCUGCUGGGACUGCUGUUAAAUCAGGAUUGGGAGGACAAAGUGAAGAGGAGAAAUCCAAGCCAGAGGAGGAAGGUGAUCACGAGGAUGAGCCCAACAAUCUGUCUGGAGAACAUCACCACUUGCAUCUUUCCAGCUGCCACGAGUGCCUGCAACUGGAAAACAGCACCAUUGAAUCAGUUAAAUUUGCCUCUGCAGAAAACAUUCCAGAGCUUCCUGAUGAUUCCAGCAGCAAGCUGGAAGAGGAGAAGGAUGACUGUCUAGAAAAAGGGAUAAAGAGGAUGAACCUUGCUGGGAAGCCCCCGAAUGUGUUGAUUUACCUUGGCUCUGAAAGGGCCAAAGGGAAAUUUGAGCAGGUCAGAUCAAUCCUUCGGGAAUGCGUCGAUGCCGAGAGCUACACCAUCUACCAGCUGCACCAGGAGCAAGUGCUGAGAGAUCCCUGGAUUGACAACUCCCUGCUGCUGGUCAUUGCCACGGAGGAGCCUAUUUCUGAGGGGAACCACAAGCAGUUCAUGAAAUUUUUAUCUAAAGGCGGGAAGAUUCUCGGGCUUUCUUCGUCCUUCGCUUUUGGCAACGUUCGGAUAAAGCGGAAAAACAAGCUGAGGAGGACUGUCCACGAGCUGGUGGUCUCUAAAAAGGACAGCCCUGAAAUGAAGCUGGAUCUCGUGGUCAGUGGCUGUGUUUUUGAGGAAGGAAGGAAGGAAGACACUGACAAAGUGAAGACGUUGUGUCGGUUAAAUAAUGCUGAGAAAGACCCGGUUAUUGUUCAUCUGACUCACGGAGACAGUGGAGGAGAGGCCAUUCUUUGCCAGGCCCACUUGGAGCUGGACAGCAAUUCCAUGGAUGUCCAGACUGAAGAGGAUUUUAAUUUGCUGAAGAUGAGCAACACCAAGAGAUAUGAAGUUCUCAAGGAGAUCCUGGUGUCACUUGGCCUGAGCUGUGAAUUGAGUGAACUUCCCACCUUGACACCUCUUUACCUUCUCUCUCCUGAUGAGGAAAUCCACCUUGCUUUUCUGAAGUGGCUGGAGGGAAAUGUAGAUGCUGAAGGAUUAAGGGCAUCCAGCAAGGUGUCCCUCAAAUUUGUGUCAUCCUGUGACUCCGAAGCGGAGGUGACUCCAUCUCUCAUGCCGGUGGUCACGGAGAUGGGAAGUUUCUCCUCGGAACAUUUCAGCCUGAAGACGUAUCAGCAGAACCUUCAAACCAAGAAGAUGGGGAAGAUUCUGCUUUUCACUGAGGUUACCACCAGCACAAUGAACCUUCUGGAUGGGUUAAUGUUGGACUUACCUGAGGAGAUGGGUUUAAUAGCAGUUGCUGUUCGACAAACACAAGGGAAAGGUCGUGGUGGGAAUGUUUGGCUCAGUCCCGUGGGCUGUGCUCUGUCCACUCUACAUAUCACCAUUCCCCUGCAUUCCAACCUAGGCCAAAGAAUUCCUUUUAUUCAGCACCUGGUGUCUCUGGCAGUGGUGGAGUCAGUUAGAUCAAUACCAGGAUAUGAGGAUAUUGAGCUGCGAGUAAAAUGGCCAAAUGAUAUUUACUACAGUGACCUUAUGAAGCUUGGUGGAGUUCUGGUAAACUCAACACUUAUUGAAACAACAUUUCAUAUACUGAUUGGCUUUGGAUUUAAUGUGAAUAACAGCAACCCCACCAUAUGCAUCAAUGAUCUCAUCACAAAGUUUAAUAAGGAAGAGGGGACAAAGCUGAAACCUUUAACUACAGACUGUCUCAUUGCAAGGACUGUCACUGUGCUGGAGAGGCUCAUAGAUAUUUUUCAGGAGAAGGGACCCAAUGGAAUUCUUCCCCGUUACUACAAGUACUGGGUACACAGCGGGAAGCAGGUCCGUCUGCACAGCGAGGACGGGCCGACCGCCUGGAUCGUCGGGAUAGACGACUAUGGAUACCUGCAAGUCCACCAAGAAGGCAAAGGGAUCGAUUCUGUGCACCCAGAUGGCAACUCCUUUGACAUGCUGAGAAACCUGAUAGUCCCAAAGCAUUAACUGUCCCCUGAGCUCACAGCACCAGGGAAGACUCUUUAGUGUUUGGCACCGUCAGCUAAACUCGCUCAGAGGUGGGAAGGGGAGUUGGCAGCUUGAUUUUUUUUUCCCUUCUGAUUUUCUGCUGUCUUUGGUUUUUGAAGUGGAUAACUUCAACAGUUCAAAAAGAGAUGGUGAUCUCAUAGCUGAAGGCCUUUAUUCUUUUGUAUUAACUUUUAAACACACCGACGUUGCCAUUCUUUGUAAGUGUCUAUUCUUUUUGAGGAGUCUGGUUGCAAAGGAACCCUUUACAAUGAACAGAACUUUCUCUUCACUUGCACACUGUAUUGGAGAAACUGAAGUGGCUGAAUAGUUCCUUUUUGUGUCUCUCUGUUUUUAUUGUACUUUAGCAAAGUGCAGGACAACGUUUACUUUUUUUUUUUUUACUCUGUUUUUUUAAACUACAUUCUGGUUUAUGUGUUGUCUGCACUAAAAACAGCUGGAACAUCAUAUAUUUCUGACUUACUGGGAUUAUCACUGUGCUUAACUUCAGGUCUAAGUGGAGAUCCUUACUGAUUUGGUUCUUCUCCAUGUGGACCUGUGCAACAAUUUACCAACCUGUGCUUUGGUCUCAGGUCUACAACUCUAGUGGCUGCCUUGAGUUUUUUGGAGAGUAUUCCAUCAGCACUUAAGAACUGUGGUUGGUUAUCCAAAUUCCUGGCACUCUGCUCUUCUUAGGUAAUUGGAUCUGAGUAAAUCAUCUGAUGUGUCCUUUGAAUCAUAGUUUUCCAAGAGGAUUUAGCCCCUGUGAGAAAAACCCACUGGAGUAGUGUCUCACCAAGGUUAUUGUGUAAUCCCAGUCAGGAGAGGGAACCUCUGAUUAGUUUAAAAUUUGAUAGUUAUAUUGUGAUCUCAGUGAAGUGAAUAAAUAAGAGAUUCCCUGCUGCAAACAACUACUCCAGUGAGAAAGAGAAAACAUACCAUCCACCUGUGUCUGAAUUCUCUUCCACAGCUUCUGUGGUCACCUCCUUUCCCAAAGCAGAGCAUCUGGGUUUGCUGCUAACCAUUAAAAGCAGGAGCUGACCUGAAAGUAGCUCCUUUUGGGGGCUGCCUGCCCAGUUCCAGGUGGGGGUGUAACACCUUGCUCAUGACUGGGAAGCAUCCUGGAGCAUCCCUGUGGGAGUUUCCGUGCGACGGCGGCGGCUCGGCAGGUUUUUCUCCUGGGCCUUCACACCAAGACUUGGCCACCGCAGCUCUUCAGGCAACUCUGUGCAAAAUAAGUUUGUCUCCUAGGUGUGAUGUUUCCUCAAGCCUCAUUUCCUCAAGUAGGCAGCGCUGCUCGUUCCAUUCCCUCGUCCCUGCUGGAGGUGGAUCAGCCAAAUUGGUUUCCACAAAGGAAAUUGCGGCCUACACGCCAGAAACGGGGGUUUGGGGUUAAAGUUCACCUCAUAAACAACCUGAACAUGUUAGGAGAUUGUUUCAGUUACAAAGCCAAGAAGUCUUAAAAUCAGGAAACUGGUCUGUAAUGGUAAUUUUGACCAAUCCUCACAUAUUAGGGUUUCGGUGGCUUGGCAGCAAGUGCAAGAAAUUAAGUUGUCCCUGUUACAUUUAGGAUUUUAUGCUCCACAUCACAGUAGAUUUGUCCUGUGUCCCUGCUGGUUUGUUUUCCCCCAUGAUCCAGAUCAUGUGAGGCUGCACACCAGUAUUACCUGGAACUGUCCAGUGGAGUGCAGACAGCUGUUAAUGGGCAUAAUUAAAAUGAUGCACAACAACACCAGGUUUUGCUUUUUUCCCACCAGAGGCUUUCAAAACUGCUUUAGGCUGAGAAUUUUCUGGCAAUUACCUUUAUUUCAGAAUUAAAUAUUGAUGAAUGUUGUAAUUAGCUGAAACUCGAGUCUGACUUAAUACAGUUUAAAUAAAAAAGAAGAAACAACAUAUAUGAACAUACAUAAAAAGUGUGUGUGUGUUCACAUACACACUCACAUCUUGUGCAUCUUCACUCAUUUUCUGCUUUUUCCUUCAAGCAGUUUGUGAGCAAUGUCAGCUGGGGAAAGCAGAGCUCUGGUACUGGUUUUCCAACCACACAGGUUUACAAAACUUUACCUUAAUCUGAUAUUUGUAGCUAAAACACUGUCUCUGCUUUGGCUUUGGCACUGCAGGAUGUGCAUGUGGGAAGCACCUUGAAUUUUGCUUGUGUUCCAGGAAGAGUGAGAAGUGCCUGUAGAGAUUUAACAACCAGGUCAUGCUUGCAUGGCUUCCUUAAAACAUGUUCUCCCUUCACAAGGGGCAAAGAAUGACGGGGGGAAAGGAUAAAACAUGUUCCUGUGUGAAGGGAAGAAUGGACUUGCAAACCUUCAGUGGCUGAGGGAUUUUUUAAGAGCAAAAUGCUGCAGCAUUUCCUGGUUGCUGUUGUUCCUUUUUGGAUUCUUUUCUGGCUGCCUUAAUGGUGAGCUGGUUCUAUUCUUACUUUGAGUUUUAAGGUUAUUCCAAAACUUUUUGCCUUAGGAAGACACUUAGCAUUGAACUUCCUUUCCACAAGCAAGAUCUUUUGAGUCUGGAUGUGCCAGAGCACAGGUUGGGUGCUCUGGGAAUAUCACUUGGCCUCUUUAGUGGUCUGUUCUGGUGUCUAAAACUUACCUGUAGUUCUUGAGGAAACUGCCUGGACUUUGGAUGAAGGGUUUGGUUGCUUCCCCUUCAGAAGAACCAAAGACAGGGAGAAUUCCUGGAGUAAGGUCCUUGUGAGGAGCUGUGGAGAAGCCCAGGAGCCUCUGUCAGGUAGAUGGGAAGCCCAGGCGGGAGUCUGACUCCUCCUGUGCCAAACUUGGCACGCCCAGAAAGCCACAACAUUUUUGUAGGAAAAUGGUUGUUAUUCUUGUUCUCAGACAAAUGUGGUGCAGAGUGUCUCUGGACAUCGGUAUGGAGAGAAUCAGACAACUCCAGACCCAGGAGUAAUGCACUGAAAAUGUUUCAUUUCGUUCAACUGUCUGGAUUAGUAAAACACCUCUUCCAUUGCGGGGCUGAUGUCAUAUCUUAAACUAUUUUCUUGAUGAAGUGCUUUCAAAAAAACCCCAUUUAUUACGACGUCCAUAUUUCUGUGACUUCAUUUUUUUUUCCCCCCUCCUGGACUCUGUUAUAACGUUUCUCAUCGUGAAAACAUUUGUGGAGGUUGUUUAUUGAUAGGAAAACUUCUGCUGGGCGUGUUGGCACGUGUGUGUGUUCAGAGGGAGGCGAGCAGGUUGUGCCCAGUCAGCAACAAAGCUGCUUCCAAAGGUUUGAAAAAGUAAUAAUGUGCUUAACAUUUAAGAGCUCGAGCAGCACAUCUCGCUUCUAGUAAAAGGUUUAUAAGACUUCAGAGCUUUUUUAUUUUUUAAAUAUAUCCAACAAAUCAAGGGGCUAUUACCUGGAAAUAAUAUUAAAACAUUUAAUCCUUUAUGCUGCUGCUUCAUUGUACAAAAAUUUAUUUCUCUGCUUUUUCCUGAUUCAGCUACAUCAGCAGUUUAAAAAAUUACUCUGUGCAACUCCUUUGGAACAUGCAGGAGCUUUAUAUGUAUAAAAAAAUGUGUCAUUGUGCUGCAAAGAGCUGAUUCCUGGGGGCGACUGGUUUAAUAAAAGCAUUUGCAUGUGUAAGUGGCAGCAGUGAUGCACUGCCCUGAUCAGACACCAAAGAAAUUAAAUCUGGGCUGAGGAAGGACCAGAGGUCAAAAAAUGAUGGAGAAAAGAGAACUGCAGGGAAGAAUUGCAAACUGAUGUCGUGCUUGAGUAGCUCAUUAGUGAUUCUGUGUUAUUUGCAGUCCCUCAAGUGUCUUCCUUUGAAACACAACAUGGCUAAAAUACAAUAAAUUUAAAUUAAAAAAAAAUCUUUGUAUUUUAUAGUACGUUAAUUGUCAAAUAUAAACCACGAUGGGAAUAAAUUUUCAAAUAUGCACCACUAUUUGUGAAACCCCGUGUUUUGCGGUUAAAAAGAAAAAGAGGACUCCAGCUCGAUUUUCCUUUGGCUACAGGAUUUUUAUUAACAUUUUAACGGUUUUGUUUUACAUAAUAAAUAAGCAAAAAUGCUUUACAUUUUUUUUAGGGAAUACAUAUAUAAUUCUGAGCAUUAAUAGGUUGUUUGGUUUGCGUGCUUCUUCACCUACACUUGCCAAAUAGCUUUUUACCUGCGUCAUAUUAAAAAAAAAAAAAAAAAAAGGAAAAUCUAAAGUUCAGGAAAAGAAAUGGAAUAAUAAUAUUUUCUCUGUGUUAUUUUUGAAGCGUGACUGAAGUGUUGAUAAAACCAUUUGUGUCCUGUUUUGAGAUUUUUACAGAAAUUCUGGCAGAUUUCCCGUUCGUUUGCACUUUCAGCGAUAUAUUCUCCAAUUUUACAUCCACUGUGCUUAAUUCCCUUAAAUUACUUUUAUACCCUUUUUCAAAUCACAGGGCUGCAGAGACCUGGAGAUGAGUCUGUUCCCUUAUCACCUUAUUUACAUUGCACUCUUUCAAUUAAGAGGGUAAAAACUUCAUGUGGGAUUGACUUUUCCGACUUUACACUGGUCUGGUGGAAGGUUCCCUGUCCAUGGGGGUUGGAAGUGGAUGAUCCUUAAAUUCCCUUCCAUCCCAAACUGUUCUAUGAUUCCUUGAUUUUGAUGGAAUAUUCCCUCUCUCACUCUCCAUAUCAUUUUCUUACCAGAUCUGAACCCCCCCCAAGGGUUAAAAUCCUGUGAAGCCUCAUGACAAAGGCGUCUGCAGUGGCUCAAAGGGAGAAAUGAGGUGGUUUUUCAUAAUAUAUUCCAAUUCACACUCCACUUCAGUGUCAUAAUUUUUUCCCAUUAUUAAAACCACUGCCACUGUGGUGGCUGUGCCCUGUUCUGCACCUUGAGUGUGUUGAGAACAUCUGUAGUUUAACUGAUUAAAAGUCGUAUUUUUCUCUCGAUAUAAUUGACUCCUGUCCCAGCUGUGAACACAAAAACGCUGUUUUCUGGUUUUGGAAUGGCAGGAAAAAAACAUUCCACACGUUUGCUUUUGUAACCACAGGUCUUUCCUAAAAACCUUCCCCCCUAUUAUCAUCUGUGAAUGUGUAAUUGGUUCGUUAUUGCCUAAUAGGGGAAAGUUCCGGUGCCCGAGUGUCGCGUCCCAUAAAACAUCUGGGGGAGAAUGAUGGAACACCUCCUCUGCUCAGGCUCCCUGAAUAAAGCCUGGAAGUGUGAAUGACAGGGUAGAGGCUGGAGAAAUAUUUUGUGGUGUUUUGCUGAGAAACAUCAAUGGUGUUUUUUAACCAAAGCCUAAUUUGCACGUUCCCAAAACUGUGUUUUUAUAGUGAGAAGGACUCGGAAGAACGGCAAAAAUGCAGCAGAUUUUGGGUGCAGCAAUGCCAUUAAUGAGGUACCAAGUGCAGUGUGAGAGUUGUGCAUCAGGUUUCUUUUUAAUGAUGCAAACAAUGCCAGUUCCUCCUUUCUAGGGCAUGGGUUCAAUUUACCAAAAUUAACAUUUGCAUAAUUGCAUCUUUUAAGGAGUUGGGGUCGUUUAUCAGCACCACUGGCUGGGAAGGCUCUUAAUCACAGCCACUGUAAAACCAGCUUGUGUCUCAUCCCUUCGAUUUAUAAAGUCAGAGUGAUAGUAAUUUACAUUUUUACAGCUUUUCUGGAGACUUGCAACUUCUCCAGCAUUAAACAAACCAAGGAGCACAGUUACACUGAGUUAUACUGGUUUGGUUCUGCUUUUGGUUUUGGUUUUAAGUCACUGUACUGGUAAUCACUGAUUAGGUAUUUUUUGUUAUAUUUAGCAUGAAGUAUAAUUUUCAUGCAACUGAAAACAUCAGACAACUGAGAGCUCCCAAGUGAACAUCACUUUAUAGUAAAGCCUUCUCUAUUAACCUUUUAAUUUUUAAGCAAUGCAAAUACUGAAAAUUGUUUUCAGACCUAUGAUUUAAAAGUAUUUGUUGUGUACUCGUGGCAAUAAAUAUCCAUACCUAGAAGGAAGUGACUUUAUUGUUGUAUUCUGGUGGAAGGUUCACUGUCUGUGGCAGGGGCUUGGAACAGGAUGAUUUUUAAAAUCUCUUCCAACCCAAACCAUUCUGAGAUCCUUUGAGAAAAUACUUAUGUGGCUGGUGCAAUAUGGAAAAAACUCUUGCUCGUGGAUUGCACCUUGUCAGGUAGAACCAUAAGGGACUAAAACCUUUAAAAAAUUAGAUGUUCUCCAUCCUUUAUGUGCAGCAAUAGAAUCACAGAAUGGUUUGGGUUGGAAGGGACCUUAAAGAUCACCCAGUUCCACCCCCUGCCAUGGGCAGGGACACCUUCCACUAGACCAGGUUGUUUCCUUCAGUGAAGGUCUCUUUAGAGAGAUAAGAGAGAGACUUUGAAAAGUCUGAAUUAGCCUUGAAUUGGGCUAAAAAGCAAAGCUGACUCGGAUCUACAGCAACAUUUGUUGUUGUUUUUUACGGCUCUUGUAUAGGGAGUCGUUCGUUGUUUUAUCAAGAAAAGAACUGAGGAAGUUUGGGAAGUGGUUCAAAACCACACUGGACUGACUGUUGUCAAUUAAACACACACAAACCCACAUGUCUCCUCGUUUGUAAACUAUAGAAAGAAGU